CAACACUGCUACUGAUUCAGCCAUCUUCACAGCUAGCUAGCCAACAUAACACCGAAACAUUGGAGCUCAUUGACCAUUUUUUGUGUAUAUUAACCUCAGUGUUUUAAACACACUGUCUGGUUACUUACUAUACUUCAUAAAAUUUCAUAUUUACGUUGUCGGUAAGAUUACUUAUUAACUUAGCCUAGUAACAUUGGUGGGCUAUUCGCUAAUGCUAACUAGCUAGCUAACAUAUUCGACCAUGAGUUUGUCCCUUGCUAAAGAAGAGCAGGUCUGCUGGACAGAGAAAAAAGCUCUCGUGAAAGAGGAGGAGGGAGAGGAGGCUGUCACAGUUAAAAAAGAUGAAGCUGUUAUAUUGAAAGAAGAAGAAGCUUUCAGAGUGAAAGAGGAGGAUGUUAAUGUGAAGGAAGACUACGAGGAAGAGGAGGAUGCCGUUUUCGGAGUGAAAGGGGAGGAAGAGGCGAUGAUUGUCACGGUGAAAGAAGAGGAGGGGGAGAUUACUGUCACAUUGGAGGAGGAAGAAGAGCAGACUGGAGAUCUGAUUAACACCAGACAACGCUAGCCCGCACCCUUCCGCCCUCCCGGAAUCCCCGAGUCGUGCCUCUCCGGGUAGCGCCUUACUGCUGGGUCUGAAGAGGGUGUCUGUGCGGCUGGUCGACUGCAGGAAAACAACGGGGCUGAAUGGAACUACGAGACGAGGAGACAAAGAGGAAGAUUUGACUGAUCAAUGUAAAAGACUGCUGGGUCUGAAGAGGUUGUCUGUGCGGCUUGUCGACUGCAGGAAAACAACGGGACUGAGUGGAACUAUGAGACGAGGAGGAGGAGGAGAAGAUGAGUGAGAUUUGACUGAUCAAAAUAAGUAGGAGGGUUAUGUAGGAGCAGAAUGUGUUUACUUUGGACACAUUAAUAAUAUGAAGAAGAAGAAUCAGCUGCUAUCCUAGGAGCAUGAAAAAGACUCAUCUCCUGGUGGCACACAACAUUUAAAAUAAAAUGUUUUUAUAAUAAAUAUUCUGCACUAGCAUUUAAACAAAAUGCACAUAUUCUGACCAUUAUGAAUAACUUCAUUGUGUCGUAGAUCUUAAAUAAUCCUUAAAAGGGAUUAGGAAGUGGAAUCUGGUCCAACAGGUCUUACAGGAAGUACAGGUCGGGAAAACAUUGUCUUGAGGCACCACGACACGUCAAGACACAAGAAAACUAUAUUUAGGGAAGUGUCUUCAAGACAUUUUCCAGGCCAACUUUUCUGGACCUCUCUUCCCGAAAGCUAAAGGGAUUCUUUACUUUACACUCAGUCUCUGCUCUACUCAUUAAUCAGAGAACAGGCUACUCAGAGAACAGGCUACUCAGAGAACAGGCUACUCAGAGAACAGGCUAAUCAGAGAACGGGCUACUCAGAGAACGGGCUACUCAGAGAACGGGCUAAUCAGAGAACGGGCUACUCAGAGAACGGGCUACUCAGAGAACGGGCUAAUCAGAGAACGGGUUAAUCAGAGAACGGGCUACUCAGAGAACGGGCUACUCAGAGAACGGGCUACUCAGAGAACGGGCUACUCAGAGAACGGGCUACUCAGAGAACGGGCUAAUCAGAGAACAGGCUAAUCAGAGAACAGGCUACUCAGAGAACAGGCUAAUCAGAGAACAGGCUACUCAGAGAACAGGCUACUCAGAGAACAGGCUAAUCAGAGAACAGGCUAAUCAGAGAACAGGCUAAUCAGAGAACAGGCUAAUCAGAGAACAGGCUACACAGAGAACAGGCUACUCAGAGAACAGGCUACUCAGAGAACAGGCUACUCAGAGAACAGGCUAAUCAGAGAACAGGCUAAUCAGAGAACAGGCUACUCAGAGAACAGGCUACUCAGAGAACAGGCUACUCAGAGAACAGGCUACUCAGAGAACAGGCUACUCAGAGAACAGGCUACUCAGAGAACAGGCUACUCUGGGGGGGGGGAGUUAAAUCAAAGCUCAAUCAUUGUCCUCAAGAUUACAUAAUGAUAGGAUUCUAAAGAACCGAAUAUAAACAGAACACAGUGUGUGUGUGUGUGUGUGUGUGUGUGUGUGUGUGAAGUAGAGAAUCCCGUACAUCCACAUGUGCAGAAGCUUCAGGACAUUUAGCUGGCGGAGACAGGGGUCCGGAACAGUCGGAUCUGUAGCCACUCCGUUGUUUUUAUAUUAGUGGUUUGAGAGAGGUACCAUAAAAUGUUUUCAGACUUUUGGAAGACGUGUCUUGAGACAUAAUGGCAUCUUAAAUAUGUAAUUUUUUUUAAAGUAUCUAUGUCUUGAAGUGUCUCAAGAUUUCUCAACUUGUGAUGGCUGGGUACGUAGGUUUAUAAAUGAUCAGAAACAUGUUUACGCAGUCUUCACGUUGGGCUUCCACAGUCCGAUUGUGACA